AUGUCCCUCUCUGCUUCAAGAAUGCAUGCUGCGAAAAGCCCUGCAGUCAUCACCUUCGUUCGCUGCCGUUCGACGGCUGCUAACCUAAAUAAUUCCAUGCUCGAAGCCAAGUCAAGAGUCAGGGAACAUGCAAGAAACAUCAGUCGCACGACUGCGCGUGAGGCUACCGCGACAGCAGCUGUGCGGCCUGAACCUGCUCCGGGUUACCAGCAGGCGCCAUCGAAAAAUAACGUCUCCAUGCCCCCACCUAUACUCGGGCCUCAUCAUGAAGGCCCUUUGGAUCACUCGUUCGUCGGAAUGUCUGGCGGACAGAUCUUCCACGAGAUGAUGGUCAGACAUGGUGUCAAGCAUAUCUUCGGAUACCCCGGGGGCGCCAUUCUCCCCGUGUUUGAUGCCAUCUACAACUCCCCACAGUUCGACUUCAUCCUUCCGCGGCAUGAGCAAGGUGCGGGGCACAUGGCUGAGGGAUAUGCGCGCGUCACUGGAAAGCCUGGAAUUGUCCUCGUUACGUCUGGCCCGGGUGCGACGAACGUCGUGACGCCCAUGCAGGACGCCCUCAGUGAUGGUGUGCCCCUGGUUGUCUUCACAGGUCAGGUGGCAACAUCUGCCAUUGGCUCCGACGCGUUCCAAGAAGCGGACAUCGUGGGCAUCUCGCGGGCGUGCACGAAGUGGAACGUCAUGGUGAAGGACAUCGCGGAGCUCCCACGGCGCAUCAACGAAGCGUUCAAGAUCGCGACCUCUGGUCGACCUGGCCCCGUCCUUGUAGAUCUGCCAAAAGACAUCACUGCGGGUGUCCUGCGCACACCGCUGCCUUACAAGGCGACGACGCCCGGUCGCCCUCUCGGUCUGCCGUCGAAUCCUCUACAGUCUUCGGACAUGCAAACGGACAUCCAACUGAUCAAGCAGGCGGCGGACCUCAUCAACAAUGCGCGACGGCCGAUCAUCUACGCUGGGCACGGCGUGCUCUCAUCGCCUAUGGGUCCCAAGCUGCUGAAGCAGCUGGCCCAGGAGGGCAACAUCCCCGUCACAACGACGCUGCAGGGCCUCGGCGCAUUUGACGAGCUCGACGAGAAGAGCCUGCACAUGCUCGGCAUGCACGGGUCGGCCUACGCUAACCUCGCGAUGCAAGAGGCAGACGUGAUUAUUGCUCUCGGCGCGCGUUUCGACGACCGUGUUACGGGCAAGGUUGAUUUGUUCGCGCCAGCGGCGCGCGCUGCGGCCCUCCAGGGCCGUGGUGGCAUUAUCCACUUCGAGAUCCAGCCGAAGAACAUCAACAAGGUUGUCGACGCAUCCAUCCCCGUCCUCGGCGACGUCGUCGCUAACUUGGCAUCUUUGGUGCCUAUGAUCCGAUCAUCGCCCCGCACGCAUUGGUUCAACGACAUCCGCGAGUGGAAGGCGAAGUAUCCUUUCACCUACCUAAAGAGCAAGCCAGGUGCACUGAUGAAGCCCCAGGAGGCGAUUGAGGAGCUUGACCGUCAGACAGUGCACAUGAAGGACAACGUCGUCAUCACGACGGGUGUUGGACAGCACCAGAUGUGGACCGCGCAACAUUACAGGUGGCGUACACCGCGAUCGAUGAUCACUUCAGGAGGGUUGGGAACGAUGGGUUUCGGUCUGCCGUCUGCUAUCGGUGCGAAGGUUGGCGCGCCGAACAAGACCGUCGUGGACAUCGAUGGCGAUGCAUCAUUCAGCAUGACCGCCAUGGAGCUUGCUACUGCCUCGCAGUACGACAUCGGGGUUAAAGUUAUGGUGCUCAAUAAUAAGUUCCAGGGCAUGGUUCUCCAAUGGCAAGACCUGUUCUACGACGCGCGAUACGCUCAUACCCGUAUGACCAACCCCGACUUUAUCGAGCUCGCGCGGGCGAUGCGCGUGCACGCCAUCCGAUGCCACUCCGCGGAGGAGCUCCCAGAGAAGAUGAAGGAGUUCUUGGAGUACGAUAACUCGAAACCGGUGCUCAUGGAGUGCUUGGUCGAGACAAACGAGCAUGUAUUCCCGAUGGUGCCAGCAGGGAAGGCUCUCCACGAACAGCUCCUGCACCCAACCUUCCGCGCAGCGUACGACGCCCGGAACAAAAAGACGUGA